AUUUAUUCAUAUUUAUUCUAUUUAUAUAUUCAAAUAUUUAUUGAACUCAAACUGUUCUAAAACUAAAGUUAUGGUCUUAGUAACCAAACUUUAAGGUGGGUUACACCCUCCCCCCUUAAAUCACCCUGAGUCCCUUCAUGGGUGUCUACAGGUCUAACUUUCGGAAAGCUAUAUCCUCAGGAGUGAGUGAUUUUCUAGCUCAUUAAAAGAGACCAUGGCCCUAUUAAGACCAUCUAAUAUGGUGUGGGCGAAAGAAAUAAGGGGGUUCUCUAGCUGGGAAUACUGAAAGCGGCUGGGAGCUCUCCGUGAUCUCUCAGAUCUCCUGGUGGGAGGAUCUUCAGAAGGCACUUCAUCAUCUGGCACCUCAUGGAGUUCAGGUGCUUCCGAGGGCUCUUUCUCCAAGUUCCCAAAGAGGGGGUCAUCUUGAGACUCAUUUGCUAUGUCUCUCCAACAGUCACCCACGGGCUCAGGAAAGUAAUUCUCACCGAUCGCUGCUCUUUCAGCUUCUGCAGCAGCAACAGAGACAGGGCUUCCAGUGGCAGCAACAGAGACAGGGCUUCCAGUGGCAGCAGCAGAGACAGGGCUUCUAGCGGCAGAGACAGGGCUUCCAGCGACAGUGACAGGGCUUCCAGCAGCAGCAGCAUAGACAGGGCCUCCAGCAGCGUCAUUACCACGGAUAGGACCCUUGGCAAUGGCAGCACCAUGGACACGACCCUUAGCAGUGGCAGCAUGGACAGAACUUCCGGCACCAGCAGCAGGGAGAGAACUCUCAGUAUCGGCCGCAGGACUUUCAACAUCAGCAGCAUCAACGGGACCUUCAGCAGCAGCAGCACAGACAGGGUUUUGGAGGUUGUCCUCAAGCCUGUCAAGGUCCUCCAUCGUCUGAAGGGGAAGUGAAAAGGAGUCUUCCUCCAGUUGUGGUCAACCCCUUCCUACAUGCCCACCUUGCAUCAGGCUCUCCACCAUGUUUGUGAGAUGGCGUAUUUGGAGGUCCAUCUCUCGGGACCGCUUGUAGAAGCACCCUUUCAAAGGCUGCAUGAACAAGAUAAUUUAAUUAUGCACACCACACUACUCUGUGAAGGAUCAACUGGAGGUCAACCUGGGAAGAGGAUACUUGAAGCUGUUGCUGCCACUAAAUAGCGCAACCCUGUUAAAGGACUCGAGCUGGAAGUCAAGUGUGCUGAUCUUGGCAGACCUGUGCCACUGUGAGGUGUUGUCAGCUCUCCCAAGACGCACUCAUCUCUUCACAGCAAAAACAUUGAUUGGUGCAGAGCUGAAGCAUCACACAUAAAGGAGCACACAAUCACCUUUAGAGGUUUACCUCUGGUCACUCCAUAGACUUAUGAAAAUGACAUGGGGACACUGGUCCUGGUGUUAAGAUGUUAUGUAAAACUCCCAUGAUUUCAUUUCGUCUUUGGAAAUGUAGUUGCUGACUGCAAUUGCUUGAAAAUCGUAUGGUGUAAGCCCACCAUAAGGCUUUUGAAAGGAUAAAUCAUGAGAAAAUAUUUUCAAAAGUGCUCUGUAGAAGGGCCCCCAAGAUGCAUACUUGGAAUACUAAUUUUCUGUUAUGCCCAUCAGACAAUGCAUCUAAAAUGUGGUAGUGCUCUAUCCACCCUUUCAUGUAGGUACCUAGAUGGUGUAGUGCCAGUCCUCUAUUUGUGUUCUCUACAUGAGUGGCAAUCCUCAGAAACAUUAUGUGAGUUUGUGUUGCCUGGACAAACCUGAAAAGUGUCUUAGAGGCCUUUACCACACACAGCUCUUUUUAGGGCUGGUUAUCAUCCAGGCUCAGAAAACACUGGCUAGAGCAGUGAUCCUCACUAUUUAUUUUUUUUCACAAGAGCCACAUUGGCAGUGCAAAAUCAAAAGGAGACACUUUUACUUUUACGACAACAUACUAAGUCACCUUUGCAAAUGUGCAUUUCUGCAUAUAAAUUGGACAUCCCACAAAAAAGAAAUAACACAGCCAAUACAUUUUUAUUUAAGACCAGAUUUACUUUAAUACUGGGAUAAGCGGAAGCUGGCAUGUAUGUCCUCGACUUUCUUCAUGCUGUUAUUUAGUAUUAGUAGUAGCAUGUUUGACAAUACCCUCUUUAGAGGCACCAUUAAGGCUUAAUAACUUCCUUUCACCUUCAUUACUGUAUUUGGGUGAAGGGGGAAGUAUAAUUUAGAUGUUUGUGUUUUUGUAGUGCAGUAUUGUAUGUUUAUGAAUCACAUUUGAAAAAAUGUAUUGACUGUUACCACAUACAGUGGGUCCCAUUUAGAAGUGGCCACUUCAUUCGUGCUUUCCGUGAGUCAUGCACCUGUGUGAAAUGUAUUACAACUUAUCGCCACAAGGUGGCAGUUUAAGUCUGCUGUAGCGUUUGUAAACAGGGCAGCGGAUUGCAUUCAAAGGCGUUGCAGUGGCAGUGAGAUACUGUAAGCAGAACGAAACUUAAGAUCACCUUGUUGAAGUCAUACAGUAGACUAGGCUAAAUCAGAGCCAGCUUGAUGUUUUUAUCAAGCUGGGGCCAGAGGUGAUGGCCUUUGGCGAACAGUUUAGGCCUACUCAAAAUAAGUAAAACCAAAUUUGCCGAAAUCUUGCCAAAGCUAUCAUGCGAGCCACCAAUUAUUGCUUGACGAGCAACUGUACUGUAGAUUGAUUUACUAAUUAUGUGUUUGUUAGAUACAUUGAUCAUGUAUGUACAUCUCUUCCCCACCCCCUCCCCCA